GAACAUAGUCUCAACUGUAAAUUUGGGCUGUAAACUAGAUUUAAAGAAAAUAGCUCUUCACGCAAGAAAUGCUGAGUACAAUCCUAAGCGUUUUGCUGCUGUAAUCAUGCGUAUUAGAGAGCCAAGAACAACUGCUCUCAUAUUCAGCUCAGGCAAAAUGGUCUGCACUGGUGCCAAGAGUGAAGAACAGUCCAGACUGGCUGCAAGAAAAUAUGCAAGAAUUGUACAGAAGUUAGGUUUUGAGGCCAAAUUUCUGGAUUUCAAAAUACAGAAUAUGGUUGGUAGCUGUGAUGUAAAAUUUCCCAUUAGAUUAGAAGGCUUGGUUUUAACACAUAGUCAAUUUUCAAGUUAUGAACCAGAACUUUUCCCUGGUCUUAUAUAUCGAAUGGUUAAGCCAAGGAUUGUGCUUCUAAUUUUUGUCUCUGGAAAAGUUGUACUAACUGGUGCUAAAGUUCGGUCUGAAAUCUAUGAAGCGUUUGAAAACAUCUAUCCUAUUUUGAAAGGAUUCAAAAAACAAUGAUGAACUGAGAUCUCAUUUUCCAUUAUGUAUAUACUGAAAAACUUCACUGUUGUAUAUAUUUGGAGCCAUGUUCACUAUUCAUAAUUAGUUUCAGUUGCAUUUUUACUUAAUAACUUAUUUUUACUUUAUUCUUAAACUAUUUAAUUUUUAGUUUAAAAUAAAAUGAAGCAACAUCAAAUCUUGAUAAAAUAUGUAUUGAAUAAGGUGUCUGUAUACUGAAUAUCACUAUGUGCCAUUUUUCAAUUUAUUUUGAAUUCUUUUUUUAUAUAUAUAUAUAUUUGUCAUUAGAGUUACUUUUGACUAUAUUCUACAUUUUCCGGAAAAUAAUGCUUUUUAGGUAGAAAAAUAUCAUAUUUUAUAAGCAUUUUUGUGUAAGAAUGAUUAUAAUGCCUGCCAUAAAGGUCUUCAAAUUUAAUAUGCAGCAUUCCUUUAAAUGAUCAUUCCAGUUAGUGGCUUUUAAAUAGUUCCAAAAUUGUUUAGGUCCUUGAGAAAAUAUCUAUUUAAAAAUCAUUGCAAUUUAAUCCUUGAACAAAAAGUAUUUAAGAAGAAUUUUAUUUAAAGUGAGCCAAAAUUAUCUACAUGUUUAUGCAAAAUUUAUUCUUUUUUCUUAGUAAUGUUUAAAUAUAUUGCACAAAUGCUAAAGGACUUCUUUUCAUCAAUAGCAAAAUAAGUGCAGUAAGGCCUCGAUUUAACAGUUUCUUAAAAGAUUAUGAAAAAAUUAUUAUUUAAAAUUAUUAAAAAUUAUUAAAAUUUAAAAUUAUUAUAAAAAAUUAUUAAAAAAAAAUUAUUAUGGUUAUUUUUAAACUGAGGAACUGCUUUCUUUUAUUUUAAACAAGGUAUAUGCAAUAUUAAAGAAAAAUAAAAUUCUUUUAAUACAUAUGUCUGAAAAAGUACCCCCUUUCUUUUAAAGAAAUUUGUUGGUGAUUUCUGUCAUUAGUAUUGGUAGAUAAGAAUGUGAACUCGUGCAUCAUUUUGCCCAGCUAAUGGGCAUGUAAAAUUUUUGUUUGUAUUUAGCAUCUCAUUUAUGUCUUGAAUACGCAUAUAACACUGCCUUUAUCAAUACAGUGAUUGGCAGUACCGGCUACUGUGAUGGAAGCACUUAAAUAGCUGUUUAUCCAGAAAUGUCCCUUAAGAGGUUAUUGGUAAGGAAAAAAGAGGUAGGAGAUCUUUGGAUCCAUCCCUUGUAGUAUUUCAUAUCAAAAACAUGAUGGAGUUGAGUCAUUAGUAUUGGUAGAUAAGAAUGUGAACUCGUGCAUCAUUUUGGCCAUCUAACAAGCAUGUAAAAAUUUGUUUGUAUUUAGCAUCUCAUUUAUGUUUUGAACAUGUAUAUAACACUGCAUUUAUCAAUACAGUGAUUGGCAGUAGCGGCUACUGUGAUGGAAGCACUUAAAGUGCUGUUUAUCCAGACAUGUCCCUUAAGAGGUUAUUGGUAAGGGAAAAAGAGGUAGGAGAUCUUUGGAUCCAUCCCUUGUGGUAUUUCAUAUCAAAAACAUGAUGGAGCUGGGCAAACUCAUGCUGUACUUAAUGCCUUUAUCAGAAGCAAACACUUCCUUCAUUUUGACCUUGGAUCUGUCAUGAAGACCUAUAUUUAAAGAGCCUUUAUUCGCUAAAUAUAUAUAUUUACCUAUUUUAGUCUCUAUUUUCAUAAACUUACAUUCAUCAAGCUGUCAUUUAUAUUAUUAAUGAAAGUAAGAAAGCAAAAUAUUUUAAAUUAUACACUAAUAUAUAUCAAGUGACAAAAAAAUCUCAUGACCGGAUAAAGUCGGUCAUAGCACUCAGAGUUAAAUGACAACAUUAAUUCACAUAUAGCAAAAAUAUUGCAUUUUUGAAAAUCUUAAAUUACAAGAUAAUUUUUUGGGGGCUAGCCCAAUAAAAACAAUCAUUCAUUAGACAGUAUUUUUUUUAAAAGGAAAACUCUUUUGUAUUGUUGUUGAUGAGAUGAUAUCACUUAGCAUUAGUAAAAUAUGUUUAAUGUUUUUUGUUAGUUUGUUUAACUACAGUGACAUAAUAGUUUCAGUAACUUUUAGGCUUUUAUUUGAUGUGAGGGUUGUUUGUACUGUUAAAAGCUUUUGGCUGAAAAAAAAAAAAAAAAAAAAAAAAGAAAGUGUCAUGUAUUUCUGAAUAUUAGGUGAUCCAUGCAUGUGCGAGCUGAGAAGUAAAAUUGUAUUACAGAAAUUCAGGAAAAAUCGGAGAAUUGUCUAUGUAUGAUGAGUUUAAAUUACCCUAUGAAUCCAGCUACAUAUCAGCAAAAAAUAAAAUAAUUAGUCAUGUAAACUUGGCUAGCCAUAUAACUUCAAAAAAUAUUGCAUUGGUGACAGUGCUAAUAGUGAAGUGGGGAUUGAUGACAUUCACAUGGACAUUGCCUGUAGUAAAGAGAAACUUCCAACAAUUUAUAAGAAAAUUCCGUGUCAUAUAUUUAUGUUAAAAAGUUUGAUUAAUUUUUAUUAGGAUUAAAAAUAAUUAAUUAUCAGUAUUUUUCAGUUAUUCAUUUUUGUAAUUGAAUUAUAUAUUAUUAUUAAUUCAUUUAAAUUUCAUAUAUAAGUGAACCACCAAACUUUUGUAGUAACAAAUUUGCUUACUAUUCCUACCAUAUGCAUGGAUAGUGAUGUUUCUGCUGUUGAUAAAUGUGACUAAGCUACCCUGAAUUAUUUUUCUUCAUGAAGUGAAUACUUUUUUUAUAAUUGAGAGAAAAAUAAUUUUCUCAUUCCUCAUUCCCCCCCUGUCCAAUUAUAUUUAAAGCUGCAAGUCUUUUAAUAUAAAUUUAAUGUUUUUUGCUGUAGUCUAUGCAUAAGUUUUUGUGAUAUUCUGAAGAAUAUUUUUAUGAAGUAAAUUGUAUGCAACAUUAUUUCAAGAGCUAAAUUUGUUGCUAUGCUGAAUAAUUUUUUAAUUUGACUGAUCUAUUUUUAAUAACUUACUAUUUUUAAUAUAGGUAUUCUUGAUAAAUGUUGAUCUAUCAACUCAUAAAGCAUUGUUCAUAAAUAUGAAUUUUUUUAAUUUUAAGUUAUAUUUUGUAUCAUAUAUAACAUAAAUAUGGCAUGCUCAAUAUAGAAAUCAUUUGAUUAUGUUAAAAGUGAAACUCAUUGAGUAUGCUUAAUAAGCUAUGCAAUUAUUAGUUCUUUGUCUUAAUACUACGUUUUUGAGAUAUUUAAUUAGAACACUGUCUGUCUUUAUGUGAACUUUUUGUCAUUAUUUUUGAUGUCAUAUUGCAUGAUUAAUUUUAUAGAAUUCUUCAAAAGAACACAAAGAUUAUUCUAAAUUUUGCGUUUGUUUGAAAAAAAUUCAUUCAUGGGCAUUCGUCUAAGAUUAUAUUAAAUUGUUAAAUAAUUUAACUAAAACUAAUUAACUAAAUUGUGGUUUCAUAAAACAUUUUUCUUUUAAAGUAACUGUUAAAUACAUUUAAUGUUGUUGAAAAUGAUUAUUGAUAAGAACUGUUGAAGUAUUAUGUGAUUUUUGAUAGAAUUAAUGAAACAUUUCUAUUUCUCACCUUCCUGUGAAUUAGUGGGCUUCCUAAAGGAUCUGUCAAACUCAGCAACAUUUUUAGACAACAGGAAGUUAUAUGUAACUUUUCUGAGAAUUUUGCCUGUAUAGCUAUGUAACCAAACACAACCAUUUAUGGCAGUUGCUAAGGGCACUAAGCAGAAAUUUGUUGUUUCCUGCUUUAGUAAAGAAAGGUCUGAUCAUCUUUUACCUUUCUUCCAAUUAAUUCAUCUAAUGUGUAACUCGGUGUUAGGAGCAACAUUUUGGAAAUUUGAAUUAAAUGUUGCUUUUAGGAUUUAGUGAUUCAAAUUGAUUGCAGAAGCGGGUGUUUCUAGAAAAUAUUGCAUCUGGCUCAUUAUUGCUUCAAAUGUUACUGAGUGUGAUAGGUGUCUUUAACAAACUUGAAAUGCAUGUUGGAAUAAGUAGUCAAAUAACUUUUUUUUUUUUUUUUUUUUUUUUUUUUUUUUUUUUUUGUAAUUUAAUAUCACUUAUUAUGUCACAUAAUAGCUGGAGUGAAUGUCUGAACCUGGCAGUACUUGUACCAAUUUAGGAACAAAAAUUGAAGUUGUGCAUGCAUCAGAAUGCUGUAUGAAAAAUCACAUGAUUUGAAUGUUGUGUAAUUGAGUCAGUUAUAAACUGUUAGAACUUAUCAUUGUAAACAGAAAUCACUCAUCCUGUGUCAAAUGCAUUCUUAUUGCUAUUUAUUGUUACAGCAUUUCUCUGAAAUAUUUUAGGAAGAAUGCUGUUUACAUUUUAGUAUUCACUGUGUGAGUGCUGUUAUAAUUUAUAGCAUUUUAUAUUGCAUAAUGUUUGUCAUCCAACAUCCAUUUAGUGAGUGGAAAGCAAUUCCUAACAAAAUGUGGCGAAAUUAUUAACUUCUGAACAGAAGUUAGAUGUGAUAUGAAAAAAACUAUGCAAUAAUAAAAUUAUUGUUCAGUUUGCUUUAA